CGCGCGCGAAGACAUUAGAAGAGAAACUGAAGAAGCAUUUUUACCGGAUGCGCUUCACUGACACCAUCUCAUCCGUCUUCUAACCUGUAACAAAAGCAUUAUUUUGACCCGUUAUCGCACACCGCCGACAGCAGAUUCCAUCCCUGUUGCUAAAUUUUUACGGAUUACACAUUAUGCGGCAUUCCUAUUUUAUAUGGAAUUAAUCUGGAGUGAAUAAUUUGGCCAAUUUGUCGGACAUUUUUUGCAUGUUAAUAUUGGAUGAUGUUAAUUAGGAUUAUUAAUAUUUUCCGGCAUCGUCGACCGCUGCGGGCACAAUGACAAAAAUAAUAUAGGUUGUUUAUUGAGUGGGGGCGUUGCCCCUGGGAAUAUCGCACCUCCCAACCCCGCACAAACUUUUAACCAUGAUUUUUUGGAAAGUUUUAUCAACGUUCAUCAUAUUAAUAUUCAGUCGGAUACAUGUUUGCCAUACGGCAUAUUGUGGUUUCCCCGGGACAGCGGUGAACGGGCGGGUGGGAUUCUCGUCUGAUACACUCAGUUCCGGCACCUUUGCCGCAUAUUCCUGUGAUGAUGGAUACACGCUGUUAGGCAGCAAAUCGCGUUACUGCCUGGAUGAGGGCAAAUGGAGCGGAUCUCUUCCUGUUUGUGUGGUGAAUGUAGCGUUAAAUAAACCGGUUAACGCAUCCAGUUCAGCGGAUGGCGGUGCCGCGGAGCAUGGCAAUGACGGAAAUGUGGAUAAUCGGCACAGAAAGCAGUUCUGCGUGGAGACGCAGCGGGAGGAUCAUCCCUGGUGGCAGGUGGAUCUGCUCGGCUUCUAUGACAUUUACGGACUGCACAUUAUUGGCAACGCCGAUGCCGAUGCCGGUCGAACGGUGGGGAAUAUUCAGAUUAGAGUGGGAAACAGUACAUAUGCUGCGGAGAAUAAGCUCUGCGCCUGGAUACCGGAAGCCCUAGACCCGUCCGCACCGCGGGAAAUACAGUGUGCAGUGCCAUUACGUGGACGUUUUGUCAGUAUUCAUUCCGGGGACGCGGAUACCGUUCUCUCUUUCUGCGAAGCCCAGAUAUUUUCCUCGCAAGAAUUGCCAAGUCUCAAGUGUCCAGUGCAGUCGGCACAGACCUACGUCUUUCAGCAGCGUUGCUACGAUGUCCAUGUGGAAGCGCGAACCAAUCAGGCUAAAGCCGGCAAGAACUGCCAGGAUAACAGCGGGACUCUCGUCACAAAGGUCACCGCUGCAUCGCAGCAGUUUUUAGCCGGAAUACUCAAACGGUUAGAGAACAGCAAACUCCUUUCGACACCGGCCAAUGUCUGGAUGGGCUUAUCACGGAAUCUGGGAGCGCAGCCGUGGUUCUGGCACUGGCCUAACAAUGCUUCGCUCAACGAAACAUUCUGGGGAGACGGGCAACCUAAUGAGUUUGAUAGUCGCGCUCAAGUUUGUACAGCAUUCAGUAGCGAAAUGGACUAUAAAUGGAACGAUCAGCUGUGCAAUGUGGAAGCCAAUUGGAUAUGUCAAUAUGAUCCCGUCAGCUGUGGAAGCCCAGAAAUUCGGCCGAAUUCCACGAUAACCGGCAAAAAACCCGGCUCCAAAAUUGGCGAGACCAUUGAAUAUCACUGCGAAGUGGGUAAUCAGAUGAUUGGCAGUCCUAACCGGACCUGUCUCCGCGAUGGCAAUUGGGGACCCACGGAAGCGGCAGUCUGCCGAUACGUGGAUUGUGGCGAACUACCCAAGGUUAAGGAUGCCGUGACCUUCUUACUACAAGGCCGCACCACGUACGGCGCAGGGGGAGAAUACGCGUGCGCCGGAAAUCUGUCGUUAAUUGGCAGCUCCCGAGCGUACUGUACCGGGGAUGGAUGGUCCGGUGCGCCACCGGAAUGCCGCUAUGUGAAUUGCGGAUUCCUCCCGGCCAUUGCCAACGGUGCCGCACUGUUACUGGACAGUGGUACUUACUAUAAAGCUCGCGCAAGAUAUGAAUGUACGGAAAACUACACGCUGAUUGGAACAACCAUGUUGACCUGCAACGAAAACAGCUCCUGGAACGACAGUAUUCCCCUGUGCAAAUUAAAGGAAUGCCCGCCGGUGCCGCCGUUAAUCAACGGCCAAAUCAGCGGCUCCAAUUACUCCCUGGGCAAUCAGUUGACCUAUGCCUGCAACGAAGGAUAUUACUUGUCGAGUGACGUGCCCAGUACGCGUCUGUGUCUGAUGAAUCAGCAGUGGAGCACGGAAGCACCGACAUGCAUACCGAUCGAUUGCGGCAUGCCGGAGCAGUUAGCGAACGGGACGUUCUCAUUGUUAAACGACGGGACAACGUACAAUAAAACGGUUAUUUACGGAUGCGAGAGCAAUUUCGCCCUGCAUGGUGAUCAGCAAAGGAUCUGCACGCUGGCGUCCGUAUGGAGUGGUACCGCACCCAAAUGCAUCGUGUCCAGCUGUAAAGCACCCGAUCUGGAUGAUAAUCAGAGCUUCAUCACGGCGAAUUUUAGCGUGGGGAAUAUUGUGCAGUUUGGCUGUAAAGCUGGCUACCGGGUGCAAGGUGUCCAGAACUAUACGUGCCAUCCGGAUGGCUACUGGAUCGGCAACAAGCCUAUUUGCCAUUUCCUGGACUGUGGACCACCGCCGGUCGUGAAACACGGAUCCUACCGCUCCUCCGGCCCCGACCACGGGCUGGGCACCAUUGUGACGUACAGCUGUGACAGCAACACGACACUACUGGGUGACUCCGUAAUUUAUUGCACGGAGACGGAGACUUGGAGCGGAUAUCCACCGACAUGUGUUGGUUGCGGUCCACCGGAGUUCGUCAACAAAGCCGUCAUCCGCGGAGACGACUACAGCCUAAACGGAACGCUCGACUACGCUUGCGAACCGGGUUACAAGCUAAUCGGGCUCACGAAACGAACGUGCCUUUUCCCCGGAAACUGGACCGGUCUGCCACCGGUCUGCACAGAGAUCACCUGUCCGCUUCCACCCGCCCCGGUCAACGGAACGCUGAGCAGUCGGAAGCCGGUUAAGGUGGGAUCAGCCGUUAAGUUCCUCUGCAAUCCCGGAAAUGUCGUCAUCGGCCCAUCCGAAGCCACUUGUGCGCUGGACGGAUCAUGGAAUGUCGAUGCUCCCACUUGUAAAUAUGUCAUGUGCGGAAAGCCGAUGGAAGUGAAACAUGCUAAAGCGCAUUACAACGGCACAGAAUACGGAAGUUACGUCAAAUACAUUUGUAAAGAAACAUACUUCCUCCAUGGAAAAUCGGAGAUCUUCUGUGCCGAAAACGGGCACUGGGAUCCAUUACCGGAAUGCAGCACCCUUCCACCUGCAGAAGAAAAAGUGCAAGCAGGACGACUGCUUGAUGAUGAAGCUAACGUCAGCAGCCCGAAGAAGGCCGCUGAAGGCGGGGCCACGAGUCACGCCAGCCAAUUGGGGAUGGGCAUCGGCAUUGCCGUCGCCUGUUUACUGGUGAUAUUGACCUUUGUCGGCAGCGUUAUCUGGAUAAGAGUACGCGGUCGAAAGAGUCAUCUGGUGGAUCUGCCCAUCGGACGGACCACCUAUGUGGAUCCUAAUUUCUCCUUCAAACCCAAAGCUCACGUCCAGGUCACCAAAGCCUAUGUUAAUGAUGGAUUCGAUAGUACAGCUCUAUGAUGACAGCACUGUCUUCUGUGUGGUGUCUGUGGCGUUCUUUUGUACAGUUUUUGUAUUCACUUGGCUUUGUUGCUCUCGUACGAAAUCAGGAUGCGCCUAAUACUGCCUGAUGCAAAUUAUUUUAAAAUACUCAAUAAAU